CUGCCCGACCGGCGUGGCUUCUCUUCGCUGCCCAUACCCAGAAGAAAGCCGGGACGUGACGAGCUGGGAUUUGCUGAAGGCCUUUGUCCAUUGACAAUCCAGCUUGCUCGCAACACUCCGUUCGAGAGGACUUGUGACUUAUUUGACCAACACAUUUUCAUCUUUGAACUAAUUUCGCAAACAUGUCCUGGCAAAGCUACGUGGAUAACCUGAUGGCUGAUGGCACCUGCCAGGACUCAGCCAUUGUUGGAUACACGGACGCCAAAUACGUCUGGGCAUCGGCUCCUGGUGGGGUCUUUGUUAACAUAACGAGUCAAGAAAUCGACGGGGUAGUUGGGAAGGAUCGCGAGGCAUUCUUCACCUCCGGGCUGACCUUAGGCACCAAGAAGUGCUCUGUCAUCAGGGACAGCCUCAACGCUGAGAACGAUUGGACGAUGGACGUCCGGACAAAGAGCGUUGGGGGAGAGCCAACAUACAACAUUUCCAUAGGCAAAGCCGGCAGAGCGAUGGUUUUAAUCAUGGGAAAAGAAGGUGUCCACGGCGGUCAGCUCAACCAGAAAGUGUUUUCGAUGGCCGAUCACCUGAGGAAGUCUGGAUUCUAAAGCGGCCUGUACUACCACGCCACCUAGCAGCCCACUCUAAGCCACCACUCCCACUUAACCUACUUCCUAGAUGCUUCUUUUCCUGUCUUCUUUCCCCACGUUAUUUUCAGGACAUUUUUAUUUUAUUUUUUUUACUUUCAUUGUGUCUUCACCCCCCUCUCCUCCCCGUCCUCCCCUCCACCUCUUCUCUUAUUCGUCCUCGAGUCGUGUCGACGCGUCCACACCUAAGCCCUACUCCAGCAGCACUGUCGCGUCGCCACGACGGGAGCACGGACGCCACGACCUCCCCAUCAGGAUUUAACCCGAGAACAGUGCAACAUCUGGACCGACCAUCCGCGGAGAAAAUGCUCACCUAACACAAAAAAAAAAAAAGAAGACGCUAAACUUAAAAUUAACGGAAGAGUUCGUUUUGAUCCUUUAACGGUUUUGGUUUCUCUGAAGCAGUGGCGAGCAUUAGUUCGCCCCCGGCCCCCCCUCUUCCCCACCCCAAGCGGUCAUCGCCCCCCUUCGGAGCACUUGGGUGGUUCUAGAGCGCUCAGAAUGUCUUCCCCUUUUCUAGAGCAUGUUUGAGAGGGGGAGGCCUGCAUGCAUGCAUAUCUUUAACCCGACGGUCCCCCUCCCCACCCUGGACCCAGGCUCCCCUGCCAAAACGCCCCCUUCCCUUCUCCUGGCCUCCCAUCCUGUUUGGUCACACUAGGUAAAACUUCACAGGAGACCCGCUCCCUGUCUGCAUUAAUCACACAUCCCCCGCCCCCCUCCUUCUCCCUACGUCCCUUUAGUCCUUUCCAGCUCUCCCCCCCCCCCCCCCCCCCCCUUCACCCUUGCUACUAUUGCUCAGUUUUAUAGGGGGUGGCAGGGUUUGUGAAUGGAUUACUGCUGUUCUGUAUCAUGAGCUGAAUACGCAGGAGUUGCUGUCACUGGGCUGCAGCAAGAAGCUACUUCCACUCAAGCCUUUGGCAUUGCCUCCCUGGCCACACAAGCCCAUGGACAUUCCAUCUUAAAAAUGGCUCAGACCCAAUUGUUUGCCAGCUCCUGUAAUAUAAUUUCCUUUUAUUUUCUUUUGUAAAAGGCUGUGAUUUGUUUUUGGGACAGUAGAUAUUGGAUAAUAACAAUGUGGAGCACAUCCCAUUUAAACAAAUAUAUAUUCUCCGUAGGACCAAUUUGACCAAUCACAGCCUCAGUGUUUUCAUUGGCUCUUAAAUGAUUGUGAAGGAACACUGCUAACCUGUAUUCUGAAGACUGCAAAACCACUCAAAUCCUGUCUAUCACGUGUUUUAAAUUGCUACGGUGCAGGGGAUUUUGUCUAAUGACUGAAAAUUGGCUAACUCAGUGUCGCGAUGUCUUUUUUAAUUUAAAUUAAGAACAAAAUGACAAAUGAAACCAAUGCUGUGUAAUAAACUGAAGUUUAAAAUGCCACGCACUGGAGUCCUCCAGUUGUGGCAAGUUAAGUCUGUCAUGCUUGGUACGACUAAAUUAAUAGUCUUGAAUGAAGGAUAAAAAACAAAAACUUAAGGUAGAACAUUAUGGAAAGGAUUCACAUUCAGUGGCGGAAGGAAUCGGUUGGAAUAAGGUCUCUUUUUGGUUGUCUUGUCAAAUCACAAAGCCCACAGAACCUGUGUACCCUGUGCCAUAAAAGUAGAGAGAUGUGUUGCUGUUGUAAGAUGGAUCCUUUAACCCACAGUCCAUUCAAUAGUCAAUUCAUUGGCACUUAUCUUCUCUCGCUAUCUGUCUUUAUGGAAUUCUUUUUUUUUUUUGCAUCAACUCCACUGCCUAGGCCUUGUGGGAUAUGUAUAGUCAUGAAACCCCCUUUUUCUGUUAAAUUUCUCUUCCCUGCCCCCAGCACUCAUUUCUUUUCAUUUUACAUCUUGAAUACAGACCCUUAACUGCAUCUGAUUUCAUAUGCAUAAAACCAAGAAAUGCCAUAAAAUUGAUUUUAUCACCUUGUUUACAGACAGAUCAAAUAAAUUUAUUCCAACCAGA